UUAGUAGAAGUUAGUAGAACAGUGUUUAAUUUAAAUUCACAAUGUCUGAAAAUUUAUUCGACGCAAUUUGUUUCAUCCCUGUUAAUUAUAAUUUAACAGAGGAGGAACUUAAUAGAACAGUGAUAGAAUCUAUGAAAAGGGGCGUACUAGAUGGAGAAUGUAGCGUUUGUCUCAGCGACAUAUCAGGAGACAUAUACCUCACGGGAUGCGUACACUGUUAUCAUAAGGAGUGCUUGCAGGAAUGGGUUGCGCAUUCAAAUGAGUCCUGCCCCUUAUGUAGGACAUCACUGAUAAUAGAGAAAACCUUCCGGAUAUUUGACAUGAAAUCGAAUCGAUGAAUCAUUCAUCGAUUCCAUCCGGAAGGUUUUCUUUUUUUUAAUUGUAUAAUUUUGUAAGGAUCUUUGAUAUAAUCAUUGACAUGGAAUAAAUAUUGUGUAAAUAAAAUGUAAUAUAUUUAAAUUAUUUAAAAAUUUUUCUUCAUCCCAAUCCCCCUAAAGCUAACUAAUGAAGCGUCAUUUGAUUAAAAAUGUAGAUGAAUGUUCUGAAUAAAACAAUAAUAAUAUAUUUCAAAAAUAAUCUCAGCCAUAUAUGGCAUUUGAAUUAGAAUUGAUUUCGCUUGAUCCAAUAGUCAAGA